UAGUAUUAUUCUAUUUUCUCUGAUGAUUUUUGAUGAUUUUUGCAGCGGUUUCCUUGGGAUCCAAGCUUCGGUAUCCUCUUCGAUCCAGCGCGAGAUCCAAGGCGGCGGCGAUCGAUGAUUCAUCUGAAUCUUCUUCAGUUUCUAGAAGGGUAAGGCCUCCAUCAAAUGUUAGCCAAAGUAUGGAUGUUCUUGAUCUUUCUGCAAAGGAUAAAUCUACAAAACCUCCACGAAGGCUGUCGAUACCUACAAAGUCUGCUUUUAGCCCUCGCCAGGCAUCUGUCGGAAGCAUUACUCCACUCUCUGAUGUUUCAAAGUCAUCUAAUAGGCGAAAGUUCAAUCUGCUAUCCUCUGUCUCUUAUUGGCUGGCACAGAUCAAACUCUCAGAAUCAGCUUCUAAGCACUCGGUUUCCCUUGGGUUCUUUAAGCUUGCGCUGGAUUCAGGAUGUGAACCUCUGCAGAGGAUGAGGGAGGAGCUGAAAUCAUAUGUGCGCAAACACAGCCUCUUAACAGUACUAGGAGAAACUGCGAAAGAUGUACUUCAAAGCUACAACAUAUUAGAAGAAGAGUUCGAGCAGUUAAAGCUCUCUAGUAACAGUCCCCAGUCACAGGAAGGAAAUCUUGCUCCAAACAAAAAUGCUGACAGCUCUUCUGCUUCUACAGGAGAUAGGAAUUUGAAACCAAAGUCACUUAUCUCGAAAGCUCUUACUGUUUCUGAAUCAAACAAGAAGGAUACUGUAGAAAAGAGAGUUUCUGCGGCUAAGAACAGGGCUUCAAACAUCAAGAAUACAGAUCCUGGUCCUGUAAAAGAUGCUAAUAUUAGUAACAUAGAGAAGAAACCUCAGAAACCGAGGAGGGUUGAGUCUAACCGUGGCAAUGCAAAGAUCAAGAGUUCAACAAAGGAACCUGUCGGCAAGAAAGUUGACCCUAUGCCUACUGAGGCAGCAUCAAGUGAAGACAAGGACAUACAAGAAGAUAAAGAGAACAUGGAUUGUCAGUCUAUGGAUGUUGCUCAAGUAACUGGGGAAGAAAUUCAGGCGAUUUAAGCCUCAUCAUAUGAAACUUUCUAUUUGUGCAAAUUAAAGUUUGUUUGUGUUGAUAUUUGUUUAUAGUCCUCAAAAAAAAAAAGUGAGCAGAAUAUUAGAGUGUGCGAAGACUGUUUGUGUUUGAUUAUUGGGUUUGUUUUAGAGUGAAUACUUUAUAUUUUAUGAACUCUGAAGUAUCCUGCUA